AUGGAAGAAGUAAAAUAAAAUUUGGAAGAAAAAAUAAAUCUAAAUCAUGACUUUGAUUUUCUCUUGAUCUUAGAUUUCGAAGCUACAUGCAGUAAUGAUGAAAAACUAAAUGUUUAAGAGAUUAUAGAAUUCCCUAUAGUUAUUUUAGACCUUAAAAAAAAUGUAAUUUUACCUGAAUACUUUCAUACAUAUGUUAAACCUACUUAUCAUCCUAUUCUGACAAAAUUUUGCACUGAACUGACCCACAUAACUUAAGAAUAAGUGGAUAAUGGAGUCAUUUUAGAAUCUGCUAUUUAGUAAGCUGAUGAAUUUUUAAAUAAAAUGGGUAUUAUUGAUAAAAAAUUCGCUUUUGUUUGUUGUGGUGAUUUUGAUCUUGGUUAAUGUUUACGCUUAGAGGCUAAAUUCAAGAAAAUAAAUUAUCCAUAAUACUUUAAAUAAUAUAUCAACAUAAAAAAAUAAUUUCCUAAAGAAUGGUACACAGAAAGUAUUAUUAAAUGGAAUAAACCUCCAGGUAUGGUAGCAAUGCUAAAAGCCAUAAAUCUUGAGCUUUAAGGAACACACCACUCUGGGUUAGACGACUCUAAAAAUAUAGCAAGAAUAGCAUAGUUUAUGGUAGAGCAUAAUAUAGUAUGGACUAAAGAAAUGCUAAGCUAAGUUUAACGAGAUAAAGUAAAAGAAAAAAAAACAAAAAAAGAGAAAAAGCUAUUAAAAUAAAAUAAGUAAAGAGAUGACCUGGUGGAAACAAACAAUAAAUGA